CGUCGGGAGGGCGACGGCGACGGCGUCCGCGGGAGGACGGCGCGCGCGCGGCGGAGCGCGCCCCUCGCGCGAAGGAGAGGAGACGACGACCGCGCGCGGCCGGCGGGAGGCGCGCGCGCGACCCGCCAGGGCCGAGGCGAAUCCGCGGAGGCGUCCGUCGCGACUGGACGAUGCCUCCUAAGAAGCCGGGCGGAAAGGGCGGCAAGGACGCCGGCGCCGCCGCAACGCCCGCCGCGGCCAAGCCCCACCCGCCGCACGACCCGUCCAUCGCGAACCGCGAGAUCCACGUCCUCGACGUCCAGCUCCACGAGAUGCGCGCGUGCCUCGCCAAGGCGUCGAGCGCGACCGAGGCGCUGACGGCGACGCGAGAGGCGCUGCGAGACGCGAUCGCGCGCGAGGAGGAGACGGAGCGCGACGUCGCGGAGUACGUCACCGCGGAGAUCGCGGCGAGGGAGCACGCGCUGACGCGCCUGGAAGCGCUCGCGGCGGAGUACGAGCGGCAGAUCGAGGAGGAGAAGGCGCGGCACGCGGAGGAGAUGGCGGCGGAGGAGGGCGCGCGCGUCGAGCGCGAAGCGCGGCUGCUCGAGGAACGCGAGACCUUCGCGGCCAAGGCGCGUUCUGUACACUGGUCCCCAUACGACCCCGUCGGCGUGGCGAAGGCCGCAGAGGAGCUCAAGGCGGACCGCGAUCGAAUCGUCGGCGGCCUGGAGGCGAUCACGAGCGCGCUGGUGAGCGAGAACAAGGCGCAGAAGAACGAGAUAUCGGACGCGGAGCGCGAGGCGGCGUUGGCGCGGGAUAAGGCGCACUUCGCGGAGAAGGUUCGCGCGACGAACGAAGAGCUCAUGCGUCUGACGGACGACCAGCUCGAGGUCACGACCAAGCGGACGAUCCUGGAGAACGAGGAGCUCUCCAUGGAGCUCGCGUCGUCGAGCAAGCGCGCGGAGAAAGCGCUCGCGAGGUCGGACGAGCAGAGGCGCGCGAGCGGAGAGACGCUCGUGGAUUUAGAGCUCGCGAACGAGAUGAACGCGAGAGCCGCGCGGCGCGGCGAAAAGCUCCGAGCGGAGGUCGAGUCGCUGAUCGCGGAGCUGAAACUCGGGGAGGAGCGCCUGCGGGAGAUGGCGGUGAAGCGCGCGGACGACGACGAGCUCGUGCAAGAGGAGAUCGUCGCGAUGGGGGAGGCGCAGCGGAAGAUGGUUCUCCGCGCCGAGGCGCGUUCGAUCAUCACACCGGGUCCCUCGCUCACAAUCCCGACGCACACACCUCGACGCCUUUCGACUCAUCUGACGCACCCCUCAACUCCACCCCGACGUUCGUCGCUUCGCACGGACGAUGAUCACCCUCAGCGAUUGGAGGGCGCCGUCUCCGAGAAGGAUUCAGCCUCCGCGGCGCUCGACGCGGACCGCGCGUCGAUCGGCGACCGCGCGUUCGACGUCGUCGCGGCGACCGUCGCGGCGUACCUCGAGAAGCUCGACGACGAAGCGAAGCGCGCCGCGAUGCCGCGCGUCGUCGCGACGUGCCCCGGCGGAGACGCGGACGGCGUGAACGUCAAGCCCGGGAACGAGAGGCUGCCGACGGCGGCGUCGUGGGAACGGGGCCGCGUCGAAGACGGACGCGCGCGCGAGCGCGCCGCGCCGGCGCCGAGGGCGGCGAAGGAUCUGAGCCGCGCCGAGCGCGCGGUCGUCGCGGACGCGGUGUUGCGCGCGUUCGAGGAGAUGCGCGAGCGCGACGAGCGGCCGCGGCGGGAGGCGGAGGCGGCGGCGGCGGCGAAGGCGCGCGCGAGGAGGUUUAGCGAGUCGGCGACGCAGACGAACGACGAGCGCGUGCACUCGCGCGUGAACGCGGAGGAGCGCCGGGAGACGGUGCGCGGGGACGUGCGCGGGGUCGUUCGGCCGUGGGGGGGGAAGGUGGCGUCGGACGGCGUGGGGAGGAAAGGCGGCGGGAGGGUCGUGCCGCCGCCGCCGGCGGCGUCGAUCAAACGGUGA